AUGUACAGCACAUGUCCAUCGCUGCUUUCAAUCCAGACUCCAGCACCUCAUCUGACCCCACAAUUACCUCGAUCACCGGUCACCGUCAUCUCCCGUCGCUUCAAGCGCACAUCUGCCAAAUCCAACACGAAUGAAGUCAUACCCCGUGUCCCCGAUGCCGAAAUCAAAGCCAUCUUCGGACCGUCUAGGUUCAGCCCCAGACUCGGAAACCGUAUUUUGAGCACCCUACAAGGCCACCGGCUUACUGGAACUUUGGACGCACAGCUGCCCGCCGAUAUUGUCAGUGCCGUCAAUCAGCAACAAAUUGACACCGCAAUGGAAUGGCUCCGGAACAAGUACCCUGUCGAUGAGGACGCAGCCAUUCUCGCCCGUAUCGAGCGGGAGGAACGCGCCGAACAAGAAAAACUCGUGCGCCGGGCCGAACGAUUGGGAUUGUACAAGCCACAGAGUGGCUCCUACGAAGCCGAGCUAGGAGAGGAAGGCUCUCCGUACGGCCGGAGCGUUUUGAAAGAGGCCCGUGAACAGAACGAGAAGCGUCUGCUGGCUGAACAGGAACGGAAACGUCAGGAAUGGCUUGAUGGCGAAAAAGAAGAACAAGAACGCCUGAACCGUCAGUUCAACAAGGACACCUCUUUGCAGCAGUAUCAAGAGAACGCACUUACCGAGGCCCGUCCUCGUGCGGAUCCUAACGAACGGCCAUUGCUUGCUUGGGUCCAGAAGCAUCAUAUUGCCGGUACUCAUGAGACUGGCGAUAUCGAAAUCACCACUGCUCAACGUCUGCUCGCUCCGAUUCUAUUCACAAUUGCAGUCCUCGGGCUUUGCUAUGCCUUCUCCCAGAAAUAUCAGUUCCCUGCGAGAAAGGAUCGGCUCAUGCCUGACGUUCCCCCUGCGGUGGCGACUGUUGGUGCGAUAAUUGGUGCCAAUUUGGCUGUCACGCUGCUCUGGAAAUUCGUUCCUCCCGCUUGGCGCUUGCUCAACCGUUACUUUGUCAUUGUUCCUUACUAUCCUAGCUCUCUCGGUGUGAUUGGAAGUACAUUCAGCCAUCAAACAUGGAGACACCUCGGAACAAAUAUGAUGGUUUUGGCUCUGAUGGGAACUAGAGUUCACGACGAAAUUGGCCGUGGAAACUUCCUCGCAAUCUACUUCGCCUCGGGAGCUAUGGGAUCUAUUUUCUCUCUCACGAGGAGUGUGCUUCUUGGACAUCUUGGCAUGACAUCCCUAGGCGCAAGUGCGGCCACUAGCGGUAUUGUCGCCGCGUGGUGCAUGUCUCACUUUGAUGCUAAAAUCACCAUGUGGAUUCUCCCACACGAGCUGCGUGAGAAGAUCUGGACACACGGAUGGUUCUUCCUCGCAUGUUUGGUUGGAACUGAGGUCUUCAGCCUGUUGGCUCCAGCGCGCUUCUUCCGCGUGUGGCCACUUUCUCGGCUGACCAAGAUGGACCAUGCCGCCCAUUUGGGUGGUUAUGCUGCUGGUGCUGGAUGUGGAUACGCGCUGAUGCAGAAGACGAGAGAAAGAGAGCGGAAGGCGCGAGAAUCGAAGUGGUUCUAA